UCUCCCCUGUGCGGUGCUCCUCGCCACGGCUUCAAGUGGCGUCUUUUCAGCCCAUUCGCCACCACUCGAACUCGACCCGUACUCACUGCAGCGAUGAUUCGGGGGAUGCAGACGCGAUUGCUCGCGCUCGCCAAUGUUCCUCUUCUGAGAGCCAAGGCACCGUUCCAGGGUCAUGGAUGUUCAGAUUGUUGGAUUGUCAAGCUGCAUACAGGCCAUGUUAACGUGUCAUCAAAUAGGAGAUUUACCUAUGGUUUUUGUUCUUGUUCUUUACCCCAAGCUGCAGAUUUAGCUGGCAAGAAAUGUGUCCCAUGCAACUCAAAGGAUAUACGAGCUAUGUCAGAACAAUCAGCCAAUGAACUCCUUGUUCAGGUGCAAGGAUGGGGCUUGGUAAGUGAAGGAGGCAUCCUGAAGUUGCAUCGAUCAUGGAAAGUGAAGAGUUUUACCAAAGGAUUGGAGUUCUUUCAGCUUGUAGCGAAUACUGCAGAGGCAGAAGGUCAUCAUCCUGACCUUCAUCUGGUUGGUUGGAAUAAUGUAAAAAUUGACUUGUGGACUCACUCAGCUGGAGGGCUCACCGAAAACGAUUUUAUACUCGCUGCAAAGAUCAACACACUCAGUUUUGACCAUCUUCUGAGAAAAAAAGCUUCUGCAUAGUAAAAAAAAUCCAUAUGAUAUCUACUUGACUACAUGGGAAGCUGACAGAUACUGCAGCAGAACACCAUGUUUACUGAACUCAUGCCAAUAAUAUCUUGUAAUGGGAGUGUGGAAUCAUGGCAUGCGAACUGUAAUCAUCUUACCUUAAUAUUGCUAUUUUGCAUGUUUUGCUGCUUGCUUAUUAAGGAAGUAAAAUAGGUGCACAAGGCAUUCAACAUUUAAUAUGGUUGCGUGUGUUAAGAAAAUGGUCAAAGUUCAAUUAUGCA